AUGGUCAGACUGGGUCACCGGCCAUUUGCAGAGAGACGCCGCAUUGCCCCGUUACCGCCGGCCGGAGCGCGGCACGGCCGUGUCCCUGCUGUCUGUGAUGUGCUGGUGGCUGAGGGCAGUGUGGAUGGCUCCUGGAUGCGGGGCCGCAGCAGCUGGGGGGCAUAUGGCCUCUUCCCGCGGUCUUGCGUGAUGCGGCUGCGCCUGUCCCCCCGCUGCCGGGAGCUGUCCCAGCGUGCCGCCGCCGCCGCCGAGCUGCCCCCCCACGCCCUGGGCCGAGCCCGUGCCCUCAUGGGUCUCUCCGCCCAGCUCGACGAGGAGCUUGACUUCUGUGAGGGGGACCUCAUCACCAUCGUGGGCGUGCCUGAGCCAGGCUGGCUGCGCGGGGAGCUGGACGGGCGCAGCGGCAUCUUCCCUGAGGGCUUCGUGGAGCUGCUGGCUCCCCUGCGCGGUGGAGGGGACACCCAGGCCGUCGCCCGCUACAGGGAGGAAGACGAGGAGGAGAGGCAGCAGGAUGAGGAGCGUGAGGUGGGCUUUGGUGAGGCAGAGGUCCCAGCGGGUGGGGGUGAGGCUGCCGGCCUGCAUGGCGUGGCGCUGUAUGACUUCCGUGCCCUGGAAUGCGGCGAGCUGGACUUCGACGUGGGCGACCGCAUCCUGGUGCUGCGGACGCUGGAGGACGGCUGGCUGGAGGGUGAGCUACAUGGGCGGCGUGGCAUCUUCCCACACCGAUUCAUCCAGCUAGAGGAGCCACUGUGCCACUCUGGCCAAUCGGAGUUGAGAGGGGCGGAGUCUCGAGAAUCCCCGGCGAGCAGCCUGGCUGGAAGGGACAUGGAUGCAGAUGGGGGCCACCAUGCAGUCAAGCAGGAGGCUGGGGACCAGAACCAGGAGUACAGUCCAGCCUGGGGGGGGCAGACUGACUACACCAUCUGGGACCUCGACUACUUUGAGCAGGAGAUGGAGCGCAGUGGCAGCAUUGGCGGGGGGGCGGGGGCCAUUGCACCACCGUUGCAGAUGGGGGCUGGCCACAGGGCAGCGGCCAAACCACGCCUGCCGCCCCGGCCCAACCUGCCCCUUCUGCUGCAGCGCCGGGCGCAGGGAUGUGUGCCCCAGGGCUCAUCUACGCCUGCUGCUGGCAGUCUGGUUGCCUCAGGUCCCCAUGAUGACUGGCUCCAUGGAAACGGUCAGGCAGCUGGAGAGCGUCCCACUGACAGACGGACGUCAGACUGCUUGACUGCAGCGGGCCAGCAGGAGGAGCACAAACGCAGGAAGCUGUUCCGGCAUUCCAGUGCUGCCGAGGCGGACCUGCUGCCGCCAGAGACAACGUUCCGGAACGGCUUGCCAAGCCCCUCCUUUCUGGAUGGACUCAGCGCCUCUGCCACUGACCUGGACUCCAAGCUCUCCCAGCAGCUGACCGAGUUCGAGCUGAGUGUCCCCGGGGGCCGGGGGCCGGGGGCAGGGCACAGAGUCUCCCGCCAUUACUCCAUCCUGGACUACAGCAGUGAAGGUGACAUCAUCAGAGGCUCCGCCCACUCCCCUCUGACCCUCAAGCCCGAGACCUGUGCUUUACCCUCCUCUACCUCUUGCCCAUCAUCCCUAGAGAGGCAAAAGGCACUCAGGCCCCCGCCACCCCGGCCCCGGGUCCUCAGGGGCCCACAGGGGUCCCCGCCCCCUAUGGAGCGGCAGUGCAGAUCCACCCCCGCCCCACUGAAGCCGGCCCGGCCUGCCCCUCGGCCACCCCAGCGCUGCACCCGCAGUGGUGCAGUGAGCCGUGCCCUACCAGAGGAGGGUGACGUAGAAGCAGAGAGGCCCUCUCAGGAGAAGCAGUGUGAGCAGGUGGCCAUUCUGCUGCGCCUCCAGGAGGUGGAGCAGGACCUGGAGAUGUACAGGCAAACGGCCGAGGAGCUGCGGAACAUGCUGGAGCGGGAGGAGGACCAGGGGGCGCGGCAGCAGGCCUUGGAGAGCCUGGACUUAUGCGCCUACAGCAUCGACACACUGAGCCUGGAGCAGCAGCAGCUGCAAGAGAUGACACUGCUGUCUGCUCAGCCCCCAAAUCCGGAGGGCUCCUCCGCGGCAGCCGUCACCGAAGAACGAGAGCAGAGGCUGCUGGAGAAGAGAUCCAAGGUCAUCGAGGAGCUCCUGCAGACAGAGAAGGACUACAUCAAGGACCUGCAGAUGUGUGUGAAGGAGAUUUUCGAGCCCUUGCAACAAAAACAGGUCCUGAAUGUGGACUUUGAGGGCCUCUUUGGGAACAUCACAGCGGUCAUCGAAGUUUCCGAGCAUCUGUACAGCAGCCUGCUGGACUCUGACUCCCUAGGUCAGGUGUUUCUGGAUCACAGGGCAGAUCUGGAGGAGGUGUACAAUGUCUACUGCCAGAACCACGAGGACGCCAUCACGCUGCUCGAGAGCUACGAAAAGGACAGCACCAUCCAGAGGCACAUUCUGGAAUGUCUGGAGAAGCUGAGGGCGGUGUACCGUGAGUGGGGGAAGACCAACUACAUCAAUCUGGGCUCCUUCCUCAUCAAGCCCGUGCAAAGAGUGAUGCGCUACCCACUGCUGCUGACAGAGCUGCUGAACGCCACGCCCACGGCACACCAUGACCAACAGCAGCUGGCCGAAGCCGUCUCCGCUGUCAAGGAGAUUAACGUCAACAUCAAUGAGUACAAGAGGAGGAAGGACCUGGUGGUGAAGUACAGGAAGGGCGAUGAGGACACUUUGAUGGACAAGAUAUCUAAGCUCAGCAUGCACUCCAUCAUCAAGAAGUCAAACCGUGUCAGCAGUCACCUGAAGCACCUAACUGGCAUCUCACUGCAGAUCAAAGAUGAGGCGUUUGACGAGGCGGAGAAGCGAUUCCGGCUCCAGGAGCGGCUCAUCAAGUCCUUCAUUCGGGACAUCUCACUGUACCUGCAGCACACGCGGGAGGCUGCCUCGGUCAAGGUGCUGGCGGCCAUCAGCUUCUGCGACAUCUACACAGACGGGAACCUGAUGGACCCAGAGCGCUUCCAGGGGGCACAUCGUUGCAUUAGCGACAAGCAUUUUGCGGACUUUAAGGAGCGGGCAGAGACACUGGUGAUCGCCCCCCUCACCCAGCUGCUGUCCAUGUUUGCCGGCCCCCACAAGCUCAUCCAGAAGCGCUUCGACAAGCUGCUGGACUACGACAGCUGCAGGGAGCGAGCAGAGCGGCUGCGGGAGCGCCGGGCGCAGGACGAGCUGCAGGCCACGCGCAACAACUACGAGGCACUGAAUGCGCAGCUGCUGGACGAGCUGCCCAAGUUCCAGCAGGCGGCUGAGGAGCUGCUGAAGGGCUGCCUGUGUGCCUUUGCCCAGGCACAGGGCCAUUUCAUCGUCCAGGCCCUGGGACAGCUGCACCCGCUCUUGCAGAUGGCUGGCACGGCGGCUGUGGACAGCAAUCUGGUGGCCCUGUUCCAGGCGGAGCACGGGCGUGUCCUUCAGCAUCUGCAGGCUUUCAGCUUCUUCCCAGAGAACCUCCCUGCCACUCGCAAGCAGGCCGAGAAGAAGACCUCCGAGCGGCAGGUCCCCAGGAAGCAGCCGGUGAGUCAAACCACCAGGCACCCACCAGCCAAUGGAAGGGAGAAGAGGGCGGAGCCCUACAAACCUACUGUGUGACUUGGGCUGCCAGGUUUCCAGUCCUACCAAUCUGAAAGGGCUGAGAACAAGUUUGCUGUGUUCAGGAUGAAAGAGCUUUUCUGGGUAUUAUGUGGGGGGCAGCCUUUAGCACCAGAAACAGGUGGUGCAAAUCGGGCCCUGACAGAAGUGAGCCACCCCCUUGCUUGCUAUAUUCUUACAAUUGUAGCCUUAGUGCCAUAGUUUUACAUUUUAGCGUUAUUCUGACCCAUAGCGCUAAUGUUUUUGCAUUAGUGUAUUUAGCAUUACCGUUUUUGCUUUGUCGCUAUUAUCUUACUUCUGUAGCGUUAAUGUUUUAGCAACACAAUUUUAAGCAUUAUCGCUAUCCGCUUAAGUCAUGACGUUUGAAUGACGUGAUAAUACUGUUUUACGGGGCCAAGCCAAUAUGCCGCAGGGCUGUGUCUCAGUGUUUUAAUGAUCUGAAACAAAAAGAAAAUAAAGAAUUCGUACCACUUUCCCUGCGUCGAGGAAGCGAAGAGGAGGUGGUUGCGUAAACUAAGCAGCCAUUUUCAGUUUUUACUUUGGCGUUUUUUCAUGUUUAGUACUGGGUUGUAACAAAAUUCAGUUUAGCACAAACUUUGGUUUUGGGUUCGCGGUUUAGAUACAGCAGGGAAAACGCUGUUUAAUUAUUAUUAAAACCACAAACACAGUUAGGAAAAGUUGUAAACCACAGGCAAUGUGAUCAUUGACGUAUCUGAAUAAGACGACAUACUUAUUUGCACAUUGUAAAAAUAUAUACAGUAUAAUUUUAAAAAUCGAAAAUAUAACAUCAUCAUUGCCUAUUUGUAGCCGAAUUUGCUGAAAUGCCAAGGGGAGACGGACCUGCAGGGGCUGUCUGCCUUGCUCCGGUCCGGUCGUACACGCACUCGGAUGUCCUCUCCUGUGUUUUCAGCAGCAUAUUCGGUAUAACAGCCGGACAGACCUUGUUUUACCAGUUACCCUCGCUCCAGUGUUGGUGUCAUUUAUUAGAAAACUAAAAUGUUCCCAAACCGCCAAAUAUGACGGACUGUAACCAGGAUUAGCUGUAGCAAACCCACAGCCACGAUUAACAGUGUUAUAUUUUCUUUUUUUUGGGGGGGGGGGGGUUCUGCCCCUGUUAAGAAACGUGUUUAUUCAUUUCAUUGUGUGUACGGAACGGGCACCCCUGCACCGAUAAUCCCUCCUGGCAGACCAGCGGCACCCUGCAUCACCCUGAGGGAGUGUAACCCCCUUUUUAUUUGCGUUUUUUCCCGCUCGAUUCUAACUUAAAUCUGCCCCUCUUUGUCUUUAAUUAUACGUUACUAAACAAGUUAUGCUGAAUAAUGUAACCGGCUCCUCCCCUGUGGUGUGUUAGGAGUGUUUCACCCUGUAAGCAGUUAUGCGCUACGUAAGAUGUGUCUUAUAUCAAACAAGUGGGAUUCUACCCAGUGUUGCCAACUUAGCGACUUCGUCGCUAUAUUUAGCGAGUUUUUAGACCCCUCUAGCGACUCGUUUUCAAAAAAGCGACUAGCGAUAAAUCUAGCGACUUUUUUUUUAGACUUUCGGAGACU